UUGAAUGAGCUUCAAAGGUCAGACUUCAAGAUUAACGUUGUUAACGUAGACUAUUCAAGCAUAUAGUUAUUGUUUACUAAUGAUAUAUUGCCUAGUUAUAACAGAUAGUAAUUAUAAGUGUUACCAUACUUAAUAAAAUAAAAUAUAUAGUAAUAAUAAAUAAAAUACAUAGACAUAUAAUAAUAGAAGUAACUAAUAAAUUACAAAACAGCAAGGGCUGUUCACAAAUUCAUCAGUCUGACCGACAUUUCUUCUUUAUUGACCAUCACCUCCUGCCAGAAGGACAAGGGAUAAACAGUCCAUGACCAGGGUGAGAAAGGUCGACUCUGAUCCGACCUGCACUUCUCUGGGUCCUGGAGACAUACAGAACGUACAAUGUGCUGUAGUCUGCUCUUGUCCAUGGACGUGGUGCUGCUGAUAGAGAAGGUGAGGAUGGAUUCGAUGAUAGCUCUGUAGAACUCCACCAGCAUCUUUGUCGGCAGUGGUAGUUUCCUUAGAUGCCGCAAGAAAAACAUUCUCUGCUGGCCCUUCUUGAAGAGUGACCUGAUGGAUGGCUCGCAUUUGAGGUCCUUGGUGAUGGUGGUUCCCAGGAAGCGGAAGGAAAUGGAAAUGGGCGCCUCAGCCAUCAUGAGUGGGGAUGGAGGAACUGUGACUCGCCUGAAGGCCACGAUCAUGUCCACUCUCUUCUGGGUGUUCAGAUCCAGGUUGUUGUGGCUGCACCAGGACACCGGCCGGUCCACCUCCUUCCUGUAUUUGGCUUCAGGAGAUUCCAUGGUCAGCCUGACCUUCAGCUAUCGCCACGGAAGGGCCACAGUGAUCAGCUCGAUGUGAAUGGUAAAACUUGUCCAUGCCUCAAAAUCUAGCAUUACACGGUCUGAAAGCCCCAAAUCCACAAUAAAAGAUAUAUGGACACAAGGGAUCAAGGACAAAUCCAUCAGUAGGCUGUUGUCUCAGACUUUGCUGCAAAAAGACAACAUCACAGCCUUGGAUCUUCGCUAUGAUACCCCAAAUCCAUAUUCUGAGCAAGACCUGUGGGACUGGCUGAAGAACUCCACUGACGUACAGGACCCCCGGUCGCGAACCAAAAGGCGGCCCAUGGUCAAGACGGGUAAAUUCAAGAAGAUGUUUGGUUGGGGGGAUUUCCAUUCAAAUAUCAAGACAGUCAAACUCAACCUUCUUAUCACUGGAAAGAUUGUGGAUCACGGCAAUGGUACUUUCAGUGUCUACUUCCGCCACAACUCUACUGGUCAGGGCAACGUGUCUGUCAGCCUGGUUCCGCCCACAAAGAUUGUUGAGUUUGAUGUGGCAGCUCAACAAUCCCUCAUUGAUGCCAAGGACUCAAAGUCCUUCAACUGCCGCAUUGAGUACGAGAAAGUGGAGAAAGGUGCCAAGAACACACUCUGCAACUUUGACCCGUCAAAGACGUGCUAUCAGGAGCAGACACAGAGCCAUGUCUCCUGGCUCUGCUCCAAACCCUUCAAAGUCAUCUGCAUCUUUAUCUCCUUUUACAGCACAGACUACAAACUGGUGCAGAAAGUGUGUCCAGACUACAAUUACCACAGUGACACUCCCUACUUCCCAUCUGGCUGAUAAUCAGAGACAACUAGCUAAAUAUAUGGUGCAUGGUGCAAGUUGAGACGAGCCCUAUUAUUACCAGUGAGAUAUAUAUAUUUGAAAUUUGCAGAUGAAUCACACUUUUUGUAUUAGAUUAAACUACCUUUAUUUGUUCUAAA